GGUCCGCCCAAUUUGUGAGCCGUUGGCCAUCUAACCCGGGUUUGUGUGUCUCAAAUCCAAGGGCGCAAACUCAAGUUUACAAAUACUUGCUGCCGCCUCCCUCUCUUCCUCAACUAUGGCCGCUAUUGAAAUCGCAGGGAAAGGAGCUAUGGAUUCUUCCAAGAAGAAGCGCAAGAGAAGCAGAGACAAAAGCAAAACUCCUAAACCCCUACAAACUGAAGACGUAGGAAUUGAAGACUUGAAACGAGAAGAAGAAGUAGACCACGAGGUUGAGGAUGAACAAGUGGCCGUCGUGGAGAAGAAGAAAGAGAAGAGCGGAGGAGAAAGCCACCAAGAAGAAGAAAAGGUAGAUGAGGAGAGUGGUUUGAAGAAAGAGAUGAAGGUCAAUUCAUCGGGAAUUAUGACCACCGAAGCUUUUGAAGCGCUGCCGAUGUCAAAGCUCUCCAUGGAUGCCAUCAAAGAUAUGAACUUUGACUAUAUGACUCAGAUCCAAGCUAGAGCAAUUCCACCACUUUUGGAAGGCAAAGAUGUUCUUGGAGCUGCAAGGACAGGUUCUGGAAAAACACUUGCCUUUUUGGUUCCAGCUGUUGAAUUGUUGUUUAACAUACGUUUCACACCUCGGAAUGGGACUGGUGUUAUUGUCAUUUGUCCAACAAGGGAGUUGGCCAUACAGACACAUGCUGUAGCUAAGGACCUUAUGACGUAUCAUUCACAGACACUGGGAUUGGUAAUUGGGGGUGCAGCACGAAGAACAGAAGCAGAGCGUAUAGUCAAAGGAGUUAAUCUUUUAGUAGCAACCCCUGGUCGACUUCUUGACCAUCUCCAAAAUACAAAGGGCUUUAUAUAUAAAAACCUGAAGUGCCUUGUGAUUGAUGAAGCUGAUAGAAUUUUGGAAGCUAAUUUUGAAGAAGAAAUGAAGCAAAUUGUUAAAAUCUUGCCCAAGGAGAGGCAAACAGCUCUUUUCUCAGCUACACAAACGAAGAAGGUUGAGGACCUUGCACGGUUAUCAUUUCAGACGAAGCCAGUUUAUAUUGACGUGGAUGAUGGAAGAAAGAGGGUCACCAAUGAAGGACUGCAGCAAGGUUAUUGUGUUGUCCCUUGUGCCAAGAGAUUUAAUCUUCUCUAUUCCUUCUUGAAGAAAAAUCUGUCAAAGAAAAUCAUGGUUUUCUUCUCAUCUUGCAAUUCUGUCAAGUUCCAUUCAGAACUUCUUAGAUACAUUCAGAUUGAUUGCGAAGAUAUCCAUGGCAAGCAAAAGCAGCAGAAAAGAACGUCUACCUUUUUUGAUUUCUGCAAAGCUGAGAAGGGUAUCUUAUUGUGUACGGAUGUUGCUGCACGUGGCCUUGAUAUUCCUGCAGUGGACUGGAUUGUGCAGUAUGACCCUCCUGAUGAGCCAAAGGAAUAUAUUCAUAGAGUUGGUCGAACAGCUCGUGGGGCAGGUGCAAAAGGGAAUGCAUUGCUUUUCCUGAUCCCUGAAGAGCUACAGUUUCUUAGUUAUCUUAAGGCUGCCAAAGUGCCAGUCAAAGAGUAUGAAUAUGAUGAGAAGAAGAUAGUGAAUGCUCAAUCCAAGUUGGUAAGCAUAAUAUCCGAAAACUAUCAUUUAAACAAGUCGGCCAAAGAUGCGUACAGAUCUUACAUUCUCGCUUACAAUUCACACUCUAUGAAGGACAUCUUUAAUGUUCACAGGCUUGAUCUAGAGGCUGUGGCUGCUUCAUUCUGUUUCACUUCACCUCCCAAAGUAAACUUAAACAUUGAUAGCAAUGCCUCUAAGUUUAGAAAGAAAUCACAUAAAACUGAUGGAAGCCGACAUGGAUUCAGCAGGAGCAACCCGUAUGGAAGGAAAGGUGAAGAUGACACACGACAAUUUGUCAGAUAUUAGUCUAAGGUGCAUGAUCCAUAUAAUCAAUUUUGCAAUGAGUUUGGGCUGAAAGCAACUUUCCUGUUGGUUUAUAUGUUAAAUCUGUACUCACAAAAAUUGAAGGAAUUCCUACUUCUGUAUCACAAUUUUGGAGCACCAGUAAUGCCUUUUUUAAUUCGAAUUCUUGGCUUCUUUGUUCUUGCUUGUGUUCAUGAUUCUUCAUGUAGAUGCUACAACUGAUUGGGAUGAACAGCAAUUUCGUUAUUUUUCAUUGAA